AUGUAAAUAAAUUAUAAGGGAUAAGAAAUUAAAGUUGGCAAUAUUGAUUUCAAUAGUUUGGCUGAAAUAAUAGAAACGAGAUUUGCUUAUGAACUUCCAUCAAUGUAUUAAAUCAUCUAUAAGGAUGAUGAUGAUAGUAAUCCUGUCAUAAUUGUUGAUGAUGAUUCAUUAUAAGGAGCUUGUAAAAUAUUAUUAAUUUUUUAGUGAAUCUAUGUCAAACCAAAAAUAUUGAACUUGUGUUAGAAGUUUAAAAUGCAAACAUUGAUGCAUCCAAUUACAUUCUUAAAAGAUAAAUUGUAUAUUAUAUCCACUUAAAAUAGAGUACUGACAAAUCAAAUAUUUAUUAAGAAAGUCUUCAUCAAAUCAAUUAAAAACUUAGAGAAUAUAAAGAAUAAUAAUAAUUUUAAGAAAUUCAAGAAUCUAUAUAUGAAGUUAAAGAUGAAGAUCUCACAAUUCAAAAAAUAAUGCAAUAUUACUAAAAAUAAUUAACUAAUUUUAUAAUGAAUUAUCAAAAAUAAUCAAAUGAACAUAAAACUAAACAUUAACAAUAAUAUUAAGAAUUCUAUUGUUCCUUGAUAGAAAGAAUGAACAAAAAAUUAUUGAAUUAAUUUGAACUUAUAUCUUAGUAAUAAUCAAAGAAUACUCAAAAGAAUGAAGAAUAUAUAGAUGAAUUAAAAUAAUUCUAAUGA